AUGGGAUGCCACGUGAGCAAGACCGCCCAGGUGGCGGGGGAGCCCCAGGCACCCCGAGAGCAGCCCUCAGGAGAAGAUCCCGGGCUGGAGGCCGACCCCGAGGCCGAGGCUGGCAACGACACCCCGAUGAAGGAUGGCGCCCCCGAGCCUCAGAGCUGA